AGAAGCCAGAGCUGGAGUUGGGGCCAGCUGGGCUGGUGACAUGGAGCCCCUGAACCGGCAAAUGCACAAGCAGGUCCAUGAGAUCCAUUCUCACAUGGGACACCUGGAGACGGCAGACAAGCAGUCUGUGCACUUAGUAGAAGGUGAAAUCCAAGCAAGCACAGACCAGAUAUUCAGCCAUCUAGAACGUCUGGAGAUUUUGUUCAGCAAGGAGCCCCCUAACAAAAGGCAGAAUGCCAAACUUCGGGUUGACCAGUUUAAGUAUGAUGUUCAGCACCUGCUGACGACUCUCAGAAACUUCCAGCAUCAGUGCUAUGCAAGGGAGCAGCAGGAGGGACAGCAAGAAGAGCUUCUAUCUCGAAGCUUCACCACUAACAAUUCUCAGUCGCAAUCCUCUGACAAUAUUGAAGAUUAUUAUCUGUUUAAAUUACCAGCAUUAAAAUAUCUCAACAUGGAAACAACACAAGUCCCACUUACAACAAUUGAGAACAUCCCCAUGAUGACUCUUGAAUUGGAAAAACUAGCUGUCAGCUUCUCAGUCUGCACAAUUAAUCAAGAAAUAAUGUGGAGCCACUGGUACAAAUAA